AUGCUCCGUUUCAUCGUCGGACUCUCGUCCGUCGUCCUUGCGGCCGCACUCUUUAAUCCGCUGCUCCCGACUCUCGGCGACUAUCUGCUCAACGAGCAACAAGUCCGUACUUAUUUCUUCGGUCACAAGAACUAUGCCACCGGCACUUGCAACAGUGUCCCAUUCGCGUCUGCUCAGGUAUCCAAUGCCUUUCUCUUUUGAUCGUCCCUUUCGUUUUCUCUCCAGGCUGGAUUCGCUUCUGCCGUCGGUCUUCCGUCCACAACCACGUGGCGAGAUGCGACCACGCUCACCAAUGCGACGAUGACGAUGAUCGACACCGGAAUCGACGGACUCGCCGCCGUCUGCGCGUAUGAUCCGUCGUCAUCAGCCCCUCCCGAAAGAAAGAUUUCAGGUCCCGUCAGCAGUUCGUGCAGACUCUCGGACAGACCUACGACACGUGCAUCGACCGAUUCUAUCUGAUUUCGCUCGGAAACACCGACUGGUGGAAUGUAAUGGUGUACACUCAUCUGAUGAAACAUCUCGAGUUCAUCUGCAGCACUGGAUUCGACGGUCUUUUCCGAUCGAUUGUAAUCCACUAAAAGCAAUCCGUUUUCAGUGUACCAGAGCAAUCUGGACUGCAUCCGAAAGGGAGAGACUACCGAUGGGACCGUCUACCGUGCCUGCUUUUACAAGUUCAACGCGACCGUUAAUGCCAAUCCGAACAACUUCUGUGGAGCGACGGAGACGUUCAUCGGAUGCAUCAAGGACUUCUUCACCAUCGAGUGCAACGCCUAUGUGAGAUUUCUUUCAGUUUCAACACGCCUGAAUAAAUCACAUUUAAGGUGGGAUGGAUGCAAUGCGAACUUGAGCGUAUCGGAUUCGCUUACGACUGCUACGGACUUUCAUGUUAA